GACAAUUACACCACUUACCCUCGCGCCGAGUCUAGCUACAGCUUCCGUGGCGCUGCUGACAAUGCUCGCCCACCACAGCGCGCCGACUUCAGUUUCCGUGCGCCCGGCGACUCGUCUGCUCCAAGCUUCCCCAAUGCGCAGCCACCACCGCGCGCGCCAGCUUCACGUCCACCACCCAAGGGCCCCAAGCGUGGCGGCAAUGGUCGUGCUCAGAAUUCGAACAACCGAGGUGGAUAUCGCAAGUUCGUCCCGAGACCUGCACAUGAGCGCGCCAUCUUGCAAUAUACCGAUCGCGAAACCACACCUGAGCAGCUCGUUGGCAUGAAGAACGACAAUCAGCCGAAGUUUGCCGAGGUGAUCUCUAGCGACGAGGAAGACUCUGGAGACGCCAGUAAUGAAGCAGAAGGUGACCAAGGCCCUUCACGCAAGCGCGCGAAGGCGGAUGAGCAAACAUCUGAGCCAGCACGUCCGAAGUGGUCCAAUCCGGAUCCUUACUCAGUCGCACCACCAACCGACCUCGGAUUGCAGCCCAAGAAGGACAUCGUGCAGAGCAUUCGCAAGGCCAAAGUUGAGGCAGCCCAGAAGGCUUCAAUCACCAAUGCUAUCAAGGAGAAUGUAGAUUUCAUCUCUUUCGACAUGGAUGACGACCAGGAGGACGACUCUUCUGACGGUAAUGAUGAUGACUUUGUUGGUGCUCCACUUGAUGACAUUCCGCCACCUCCACCUGAUGAUAUUCCGCCACCUCCACCACCGGAUGACUUGAUCAUGCCUACUGAUCAGGAGCUCAUGUCGAACUACGUCGGAGGGAAGAACAAGCGCAAGCGUGGUGUCGAACAGCAGCAGCGCUUCUCCGCUGGUCACAUUGUUGACGACUGGCUCACAAGCGACUCAGACCCGACUCCUUGGGCUCCAGCUAACGGCUACGACUUCGCGGCAAACGUUGGUUUACACUUGCAUCGGGAAAUCCUCGAUUUCUUCGACUAUGUCUCGCCGAGAGAUUAUGAGAAGAAUUGUCGUGAGGACUUGGUGAAGCGCGUCGACUACUUCAUCUCUGGAUUCGGACGCGGACGUUCGAUCAGCGUUCAACCCUUCGGCUCCUAUGCCUCUGGUCUCUACCUGACCGACGCUGACAUAGACCUCGUUGCCACAUCGAGUCAGUACAUGCGCAAUGGUACCAAGGUCUUCUGUCAGUCCAGGACUCAAAUGAACAAGCUUUCCAAUGAGCUCCGCAAGACUGGAAUGGCCAAGAACCGCGAUGUCAUCACACUUACCAGAACCAAGGUUCCCCUUAUUAAGUUUGUCGACAGCAGGACCAACAUCAAGGUUGACAUCUCCUUCGAGAAUGACUCCGGCCUGAACACAAUUCCAACCUUGCUUGCUUGGAAGCAGCAAUUUCCAGAAAUGCCCGUCUUGGUGGCUAUCAUCAAGCAGUUCCUUGCUAUGCGCGGCCUCAACGAAGUCCACACCGGUGGUAUAGGAGGGUUCACAAUCAUCUGCUUGGUGGUCAGUAUGUUGCAGCUGAAGCCUGAUCUUCAAGCCCGUUCUCAAGCUAGCUAUGGCGAGCUCAUGCUAGACUUCUUCGACCUUUACGGCAACAAGUUCGACAUUAGGACCACCGGCAUCAGGAUGAAACCUCCAGGCUACUUCAGUAAGACCCAGAACAUGGGCAUCGACAUGAACAUGGACCGACUGACCAUCAUGGAUCCCGACAAACCGGAGCACGACAUUUCAGGCGGCUCCGCCAAGAUUGACCUCGUCCUGCAAUGCUUCAAAGGCGCAUUCUCGAUGAUUCAACAUGAGUUGGAUCAGUUGCGGAAAGGGUCCGGCAACAGCACUCGCAGCGUUUUGGGCUGCAUUUUGGGUGGAAACUACAGUUCUUUCGAAGAUCUGCGCGACAACCUCCACGACCUCAACAAGCAACAGACUGCACCGCCGCCACCUCCGCCGGCGCAGUACUAUAACAACUACGCUCCGCCUCCGCCGCCUGCAGCUCGCCCACCGCUCUACCACGACUACGCCCAGCCGCCUCCACGAUACCCGUUGCGGCAUGCGUUGCCAACCCGCCCGGCACCGCCGACCGGGACCACACCGCUGGUAGCUCAAGCCCCUUCUAAAGCCAAGAAACCCAAGAAGUUGAAGGCCAAGAAAAAGGCCAAGCAGCCUGUGGCGAGCAGUUCUGCUGCCGCAGCAUCGACAGAGCCUGUUGCUGGGGGUGGUUUGUCAGCAUCGAAGAUCGAGAAACGAAAACAGAAAAAGCAGAAGAAAAUGAAGAAGGCAAAGAAGGGAUCGAAGGACUGAACGCGGACGUAGCGAUGCACUUCCACACGACGAAACGAGGGACGAAGCAUGAAUGACUGGCGUAUUCUGGAUCUGCGUCGACGGCUGAUACGCCUACGAUACCCUGUACUACUAGAUGGGUGGCUUGGGCCUGUAGCGCAGCUAGACGGGGCAUCUGCUCCGGACUAGUAGUGGCGCCUACGGCUAUGCUUUGUAUGCUUGCUUUCUCCUCACUAUGAAAUUGCACUUACAAGCAG